AAUCAGAAUUCUUCCCGAGAGGCGCAAAAAUACGCACCGCUCCGAGAAUUGCCGAGUCUCAAAAUAAUACGUAGAAACCAAAAUAAACGCAUUUUACAGAAUUUGGAGAUUUUAGAGUUGGAUUUAGGUGACCCAGUUAUUCUAAAAGGGACAGUUUAAUAUUAUUUAACCUGUUUAUUGUUGACAGACAAAGAAGAAUGAGUAAAAAGAUCUUUUUGUCGCAGUGCAAGUCAGAUGCAGCUGCAGCUUUACUUGCAUGUAGCCCACCUUCUCGUCCUAGUAGAAGCAGCACUCCUACAGCACCCAUCUCAGAUAAUGAGUUAGUAGCCAUGACGGUCAAAGAGCUGAAUAAGUUACUUAAAGGCUUAAACAAAGAGGAGAUAAUCAAGUUGAAGCAGAGACGUAGAACGUUAAAAAACCGUGGGUAUGCUGCAAAUUGUAGAGAAAAGAGGAUGACACAGAAGGACAUUCUUGAAGGAGAAAAAGAUGGUUUGAGAGCCGAGGUUGAACGUUUACAGCGUGAAAAUGAUGUGGUUAAGCUGGAGUUAAAUUCACUCAAAAACAAAUAUGAUGCUUUACAGAGAUUUGCAGAGGUGAAUAGGAUCCGUGUUUUAUCACCACCCAUCAUGUAUUCAACUGGUUUCCCACACAUUGUCAAAGCGGAACCGAGUCUUGGGUAACCUAAGUAAAACAUUCCUUAUCAUUCACCUGUAUAUAACAUUUCUGUUUCAUUAAUUUAUUACAAGUGUUAAUAUCGACACUAACUUGACAAUUUCCAGAUUGAAGAUUGCUGGUUGCUCAUUUCGCCUUACAAGGUUUAAAAUGUGUUCAAAUUUUUUGUAAUUUUGUAUUGUAUGUAAAUUGUAAGGGUCAUUGACUAACGGAGUUAUGUAAUGAUGUUACAUAAACUUGGACAAAGUCUUACAAGAAACUGAUCAUUCAACUUUUGCAUGAUAGUUGACUUUCGACAAUUUUUUUAUAAAUUAUCAGGUGAUUAUAUAAUGUGUGUCACAUGAAGCCCUAGAUACAUUUGUACUCCCACUUGCUUAGAGUAAACAAAUGUUUAUUUUUAGUUUUGAUUAUGCAGCAGCGCUGAAAAGAUUACAAGUGCAUUAAGAAGUUCAUUGACAAGGAAAUGGAAAACAAACAAAACAUACGUCAUUUGAAUAUUAACACACAAAUCAUGCACUGGUACUUAAAUAGUAUUUACGAUUUUUUCAAUUUUAUUUUUACCAGAUGUGCUGUAAGUACAUUAAGGUUAAUGAUCAGUUUCUGUAUUUUGACUGAUUUUUAUGGUGCUGUAGUAUUAGUGGCAAGUAAUGUUUGCACACAUUGCACAUGUCUGGUCAUAUGGACGAUGUUUUAUUUAUUUAUGAUGAUGUUUCAAAGGUUGUGACUUGUUAUAGGUGCAACUAUGUUACCUACAAAGGAAGAUGAUAGGGAUAUUUUUUAGAACAGAUGCACACAUCGUCAUUUCAGGUGGAAAUUUGAAGUAUGACUAAUUGUUCAAAAGAAAAUUAUUUUAUCCUUUGAGCAUAUUUUUUAACUGACUUCUUUAGAUUUGUAGGAAGUUGCGCAACAUUUGUUAUGACUGAAAUUUGAUACAUUCAUAAUGAUGUGUGCGGAAGUUCUAAUUAGUCUUAUUCAUAUGAUAACUUCCAUUCCUUGGUUGCAAUUGCCUUGCAAUAGUGUUUUUUUUUUAUUACACCUGGGCAUUUUAUUUCAUUCCUUACAGUUCAAAUUCUUUAUGAAAAGCCUUAUGGUAAAAUAUCUUGUAUGUACAUUUGUAUAUUGUACAUGUAAAAUCUGUUUUACCUGAAAUUCUUACAAAUUUAUAAUUGUUAAAAACAAAAUUGUUUUUUGUCAAACCUGCAUUUCUUACAACUUUUUGUGGUUAAAGAAAAAGUUUAAAAAGGCAGUAGGUUUGGACGACAAGAAAGAGGUAUAAGAAAUAGAGGGAAAGGUGACAUUCCAAUGACCCAACAAUUAUGUGAUUAAUUUUAUGUGUUGAUGUAUUGAAUUAUCAGUGAUUGCUCUGGGGUACCAUGUCAAAUUAUCCUUGUUUUGUUAUUUGAUUUUUAAAUUUAAUUAAUUUCAAUUAAAGAAAUGUUUAGGAAAUUGUAUAAGGUUACCAGAGCAGUCUGAUAGAAUUUAUGACAAAGAUAUCAGAUGUGGUUUAUGAAAGAUCAGAAUCUAUCUCCCUGAUAUUCAUGGGAGUGUAUAAGAUAUUGACCAUGUAAUGUGUAUAUGAACUUGAUAAACUUUUAUAAGGUGUGCUGCCUCAAAACUCAUUGAAGAAAGAUUAUUUUGUGAGAGUACAGUGCAAAUAUAUUUUUGUAAUCGAAACUUUUAGUCAGCUUACAGUGCAUGUACAAUGAUCAAUUUUUUAAGUGCAGUCAUUUAAAAAACAAUUUCAUGCCAAGACAUUGUUACACCGUGUUUAAAUUUAGGACAAUUGUCAACGUUUAUUUAGAAAAUCCUGACCAACAAGGAAGAAGAAAACGAAAAUGGACUUCCUGAUUUUGUUAUUUUUGUAACAUAGUCAUUGUAGUAAACAAACAUAUUACGUCAAUACCACCACUCUGAGCUUUAUUUUUUGUACAAUAUAAAUCACAAUGCCGUCCAAAAAGUAGUUGUAUAUAUAUUUAGACAUUGUAUUACUGUGUGAAAUUCUGUAUUGUUUGUCAGAUUGUGUAAGUUCGUACUAAGACAGGUGCUUUUAACCACUUUUUCAGAUCCUUCCAAUUCGCUUCAGAACUUCAAUGAGAUGGGAUCAUACAAACAAUGCUGUUUGAAAACUUAAUUAAUAAUGUUUUUAUGUAAAAAAAUAAUUAAGUACUAAGUCAAUUUAGAAAGGUAUAUUAAAAUAAUAAAUUUUGUUUGAACUUUCCGCCUUCAAACGUUUUCGUUUUUAAUUAGUUGAAUUUAUGACAUUUGAAGGAGUACAAAAAAUGGAGCUUAAAUAAGUACAUGAUCUCAUUUUAUGACGUGUUUUGGGUGGAUCAUAGUUUGUGGUUAUUAAAACCACUUCACACUAGGAUACCACUAUUGAUGACAUUUUUACCUUUAAAUUACUUUAACAUGCUUUAUCAAGUAUUGUUAUAAUAUACCCAACCUAUAUACUUAGGAAAAAUCACUGAAGCCUGUUAUAUCACAAGAAUUUCCUGUUGACAAAUUUUUUGUCAGCUCAGCAAAAAAAUUAUUGCUUAUAGUGCAACGUAAGAAUUGUGUGGAUUCAGCACUUUGUGAUUUAUUUCGAAUAUAAAUGUUAAAAUACAUUUUCUUUUCAGACCAAAAACAUAAAUUUUAUCUGACUAGUUAAAAUGUUCUGUUGCAAUUGAUUAAAAGUUAUAAGGUCGAGUUCGGAGUAAUUGUAGUAUGAUAGAUCAGUAUUGCCACAUCUCACUAUUGUCUAGGUAACAUACUGUACAACCUGUUACCAGAACGUGGUGGAUUGUCGUGGCGGGAUAUAUUUAGUUAAUGAAAAAAGUAUAAUGUAACACAUUGUUAAGGUUUUACAGAGUGAAAGUACAUGUAUACGCAAUUAUUUUUAAAAAGCUUAUAAAUCUAGCAAAUACACUUGAGAAAUACAAAUGAAUGAAAUAGUAAAAAUAGUAAAAGCAAAUUUUGGAUCAUACACAUUUCAGAAUGGAUAUGGUCAUCUUUUAGACAUACAAAUUCAGAAUAGAUCAGGUCAUCUUUGGGUUACACUAAUUUCAGAAUAGAUUUUAGGUAUGAAAGUGAAAAGUAUGUAUGAACUUAUUGGAGUGAAUGAAAAAAUGGUGAAAAUAUGUGGUCAAGAGAAAAACUUGUUUCUCAUAAGUUUAUCAAACCUUUAUAUUAAUAUUUUGAACUAGUUCAUUGAAGGUAACUUAUUAAAGCAAUAUGAAAUAGAUUACAGGUAAAUAAAUCAAUAGUGACCUGUUUACCUAGACAGGUAUAUAAAACCCUACCUUUUGAUUACCACAUAUUUCCUGGUGUUGUGAAAUAUGUUAUAUAUUUAUGCAGACUAAACAAGUUUUAUAAGCCACAUAUCAAAGAUUCUUUCAUACAAAUUUUCAGAUUGAAAAAAAUUCGUUCAUGUUGAUCGAGUUUGGAGAACAUGAUGAAUGUAUAAUAAACAACCAAGGGUUCAAAUUAGCAAAUAUUUUCUUACUACUUUCUUCAUGUGGAUUUAAAACUAGUUAUCAUAUUUCAAGCCCUUCAGUUUUAAUUCAUAAAGUAUAUGUAUACUUUCUAAAGAUAAAAAUUCGGUCUCAAAUAUGGGUUCAUUAUGGAAAUAGUCUGUCAUAACUUGUCCUCUUGCGGUUAAGUUAAAAAUUAACCUUGAUAGGAUGAUAAAUAAAGAUUUUCUUGACAUUGAAUUUCAAAAGUAGUUCCCAGAAUGUACUUGUUCAGUAAUAAAUUUCAUGCGUUCACCAUUUUAAAACAUUUUUAAGUACAACACUUGACAUCUGUGCAAUCAAUCACAUAUACAUACUUAUUUAGUAUAUAAUUAGGGAAAAGAAAAUAAACUUACUUCUUCAAUGUUUAAAUUCAUGAUCAGCAUUUUAGGAAAUUUAAGUAAUUAAAAAAAAAUUGUAAAAAAGGCACUUGUCACUACAGUAAAUAAGACCGAUGAUUUCUUAGAUUUAUAAAUACUGCUUCUAAAUUUUAAUCAAAAGUCUCAUUUGAAAAUAUUUAGACCAGCAAGUACCUCAAUACAAGAUAUGUACUUACAACACGUAUGAUUUGUAUGGAUGUGAAAUAUGAAUGUAAACAUGAGUAGAACUAGGACAACUAGAAAAGAUUAAGGGUACUGCCCUGAAUUUUACAAAAUAAAAGUGCUAAAAUGUUUCUAAAUUGUGAAAAUUCAAUGUCCAUUUAUAAAUUUUGUUUUGAAUGGUAAUUUUUCAAUGUUAUGUGGUUGUAUAUGCUACAAAACUUAAUUUUAAUGAAUGUAUUAUGCAGUGAUGUAGCAAGCAAAUUUUAAAAAGUGUUAAUUGGUCACAAAAUUUAAGUACACAAGUUAGACCAUGAUGCAUCACUGCUUAGAUGUUUGAACUUGUGGUCAUGUGACAGAUUGUGGUCAUGUGAAAGAUUGUGUUCAGUUGAGAUGGUUCUUUUUGCAUUUAAUUUGCAGAGGGGAUUGAGGUUUAUAUGGACGGGAUGCAAUAUUGUUGUUUAUUAUUUAUAUUUAUGAAUGUAUUGUAAGUGUUAUAUGAGUUCAUGGGGCAGCUAAUGAAUCUUUUGUUUUGUAUAUUAAAUCUUUAAUUCAUUGUACUUUACAUUUUUUAUUUCAAAGAAUAAACUGGUAUUAAAGACCUUUAAUGAAAAUGUCAACAAUGCUUAUCUAUGGUGUUUGAAGCAAGUUUUAACUUGUGCAUUCUGGGUAAUAUUUCAAGGUAGCUUUUGGUUAACAAUAUCCUAUUUAAAGGAUUUUAAUCUUAUGAUGUAAUGUUAUUUUCAUUUUGAGGUAUAAGCCGUGACAUUUACUAAUAAAUUUUGAAAGACAAGUUAAUAAAAGAUUAUCAGACAUUUUUAAAGUUCAACUGAGGCAAAUUUUAUGUUUGUUUUAUUUUUGUUUGGAAUUUACAUACAUAUUUGUUUAUAAAGUAUUUCCGUAAAGAAACAUGUCUUUCAAAACUUUAUUAAGCAGAAUGAUAAAAAAAAGUUCAUUUCACUUUAGAACCGGAAAAGAUAACCUUAUGAGGGAAUAAGAUAUCGCUGGUUUAUUCUUUGAAAUAUAUUGUACAAAUGUUCAGUCAUACUAUAUAACUUGAUGUAAAUUUAUGCAUUGAAUCAUUUGGAUAUUGUAGUGCUAUCUCUUUGAUCUUCUGAGUGCUGUGAUUAAGUAACAUUUCCAUGUAUGUUUUACUUAUGUUUUUUUUUCUUGUACUUUGUUUUAAUUACAAAAAUAAUUUGAAAAUGAUUGAUGAAUGUAUGUUUCAUAGACAAAAUCCAAUGCUACGUGUAUUGGAAAAAACAAUCAUGUAAAUACAUGCAUGUAAUACAGGUUGAAUUAAUAGACAAAUUAAUGUUUGUUUCUAAAUUUUUGUGCAAAAAUUGAUUUUAAAUAACCUUUUUGACACACUGUUUAUUAUUUGCCAAAAUUUGUUUGAAAUUUCGAUCACAUUGUUUAUAUUUUACAAGGAAAUUCAGUUAUUGAAUGAAUAUGUACGUCAAAUUGCAUUUAAUAAAAACAAAAUUUCUCAAA